AGUGCAAAUGGCGGUGUUAUCGCCAGAAAGCUGUGUCCGAAGCCGCGCAAGUGGUUUGCGGGGUAAUGUCUUAUUUUAAAUUGCUUUUUCUCAAACCGCAGUUAGUGGUCGCGACAUUGUGCAUCGGCAUUUAAUGUCAUUCGUUUGCUUUGGGAUGACUGAUAUUCUGGACUGGUCUACCCUUACUACCUGAUAUUGUACAUCCCUUCAAGCUUCACAGGGUAGGGCUUUACGGAACAUGACUGAAGGUCCUCCUCCCGGCUCUCUGUUUGAGCUGAAUGUGACAGUGGUGUCAGCAAAGCUAAGCCCUACUGGAAUCUUGUUCAAACCUGACCCCUACGUGGAGUUGAGUGUGGAUGGUGGUGUUCCUGUCAAGACUGAGUACAGUAAGAGCACAUGCAAUCCCAAGUGGGACGAGCAGUUCCCUGUCCUGGUGACUCCAUACUCAAAGCUGCACUUCCGUGUCUUCAACCAUAACUCCCUUAUAAAGGAUGCUCUGCUUGGUGAUGGAUGCCUUGAUCUCUACCAAGUUUUGGAGAAGACUGAUGGGAAACUGGAUAAGGUUCCUCACCCACUGGAGCUGAGCUGUGGAGGGAAGUCCAGUCGAAAUCACAGCUACCUCCUCACUGUGUUGGAUGGACUCCAUGUAGAUUUGAGCUGGUAUCCUCCUAAGGCUUCCACAUGUGCUGCUAGGAGGGCUGAAGCUCCAAGGACAUCGUCAUCAUCAAGUUCGCUCCACCAGAAACACAAUGGCUCUGUGGCCAGCCUUCCCAGCAGCAGCAGCACCUCUGAGAGAAUGCUUCCCAAUUCUAGGCACCGUAAUGCAGGAGGUGCCCGAGCACGAACACACAGGCACAGCCAUCAUACAAGCACUGAUGGUUUGGCUGGUGGCUCAGCCUCGUCAUCAGGUGGAGGCUCCGGCGAGGGCCCACCAUCACCAGAACACACACGGCAACAAGGAAGUGGUGGUGUCCAGGUUGGUGGCAACGCUGUUGGCAGUGGUGGCACAACUGACAAUGUGUGCCACCCAUCAGUAUCUGCACCAGCACCAUCAGAAGAGCAAGUGGAUGAUGGGCAUUGGACAGUGGUUCGCAUGGAUGGUGUUCGACCUGGAGAUUCUGACCACACAGCUGAUGGAACAGCUACUCAGAGAGCAACAGGUACGCCUUCCACUAGUCAGUCAAAUCCUCGUCGUGGCACUGUAAUUCACACUCCUGAAGUGUCGCCCGAGGUGCCUCAGGUAGCCCCGAGCGCUAGUCAGGUGCGGGCUAAUGCUCGUCGCAGUGGUGCUGCCGCCCCUUCAUCACCUAGUGGAGGUGCAAUGAGGGGCAGUGCCAGUGCAUUGCAUGCUGGCAACGGUCAUGCAGUCCCUGCAACAACAGCUGCUGUGCCCCCUACUGUACCUACUUCAACAACAAGCUGCAGUAGCAACAGUUCACUUCAGGAAGAAGAAGCCUUGCCAUUGGGGUGGGAAGUUCGGUAUGAUCAGUUCAAUAGGAAAUACUAUGUGGAUCACAACACAAGAAGCACAACAUGGGAACGACCUCAACCGCUGCCACCUGGAUGGGAAAUGCGAAGGGACAACAGAGGUCGCGUGUAUUACGUGGACCACAACACUAGGACUACUACUUGGCAGCGUCCUACUGCUGAGAGUGUUCGGAAUUACCAGCAUUGGCAAUCCACACAGGCUCAAGCAAUGCAGCAAUGCCAACAACGGUUCCUCUAUCAUACACCUGUACAGGUGGAAGAUGAUGAUCCCCUAGGUCCUCUUCCUGAAGGUUGGGAGAAGAGGAUUGACCCUAACAACCGUGUGUACUUCGUCAAUCACAAGAACAAGACAACCCAAUGGGAGGACCCUCGAACACAGGGGAAAGAGGAGCCACUUCCCCCUGGAUGGGAAAUAAAAUACACACCAGAUCGGGUUCGUUAUUUUGUGGACCACAACACAAAGACAACCACAUUCAAAGACCCUCGGCCUUCGUACGCUUCGAAAGGGCCAAAAGGAGCUUAUGGUGUUCCACUUGCCUAUGAGAGGAAUUUUAAAUGGAAACUGACACAGUUUCGUUACCUCUGUCAUUGCAAUUCACUACCAAGUCACAUCAAGAUAACUGUCUCAAGACAGAACAUCUUUGAAGAUUCCUUUAGUCAAAUAAUGCGCGUACCCCCGCAUGAGCUGAGGAGAAGGCUCUUCAUAACAUUUAAGGGUGAAGAAGGGCUUGACUAUGGAGGGAUUGCAAGGGAGUGGUUUUUUCUAUUGUCUCAUGAGGUUCUCAACCCCAUGUACUGCUUGUUUGAGUAUGCUGGCAAGAAUAAUUACAGCCUGCAGAUCAACCCGGCAUCUUCGGUGAACCCAGACCACCUACUCUACUUCCGCUUCAUUGGCCGGUUUAUUGCCAUGGCUCUGUUUCAUGGGAAGUUUAUCUAUAGCGGAUUCACUUUGCCUUUUUACAAGCGAAUGCUGGGCAAGAAAUUGACAAUGAAAGACAUUGAAUCUAUAGACAAUGAAUUCUACAACUCGCUUAUCUGGAUCAAAGAAAACAACAUUGAAGAAUGUUCCUUAGAGUUGUACUUCAGUGUAGAUUUUGAGGUACUUGGCCAGAUACAGUCUCAUGAGCUCAAACCAGGUGGUGGGGAGAUUCGUGUUACAGAAGAGAACAAAGAUGAGUACCUCAGGUUGAUGACAGAUUGGCGCUUCUCGAGGGGCCAGGAGGAACAGACAAAAUCCUUUCUGGAUGGCUUUAACGAAGUGCUUCCACUUGAAUGGCUGCACUACUUUGAUGAGCGAGAACUGGAACUCAUGCUGUGCGGCAUGCAAGAAAUUGACAUUGAUGACUGGCAGCGUAACACCAUCUAUCGACACUACACGCGCAACAGUAAGCAAGUAAUUUGGUUCUGGCAAUUCAUCCGUGACAUGGACAACGAGAAGCGGGCACGCCUUCUACAGUUCGUCACCGGUACUUGUCGUGUCCCCGUAGGCGGCUUUGCCGAGCUAAUGGGGAGCAAUGGGCCACAACGCUUUUGCAUAGAAAAGGUUGGCAAAGAUACAUGGCUGCCACGAAGCCACACUUGCUUUAAUCGUCUAGACCUACCCCCCUACAAGAGUUACGAGCAGCUUGUUGAAAAGCUGACCUAUGCUAUUGAGGAGACUGAAGGAUUUGCGCAGGAAUGAUGCCUACUGCACUUCUAGACAAUGGGGGAUUGUACACUCCAGCCACCAGAAUCUAUGGGGAACUGUGCAAGUGUCUGACCUUUUGCUGGUCUAAAAAUGAUGUAUCAGCUGCAAACAGCGAAGUGUAUAAUGGAAAGUUUGGCUAGCAUUUUUUAGUGUCCUAUGUUCUUGUAAUGUGCUUGAAGCUCUAGCUUUAUAUGAUAUCAUCUGGAUAGGAUACAUGUUGAUGACCUACUAAGUGAAAAUAACAAAAGGGUGAAACGAGAGUACAGACACAGUAUUUAGAUGCAUAUGUGGUGCAGUGAGUGAGCUGUUUCAGUGCCCCAUGCCUGUUUCCAUGUAUGUUCCUAAAUACUGUUCUAAGUUUCCACCCUGUGGCCUUAGAAGUUUGACUUCACAGAACAUUCCACUACUCAGGCCAUACUAAUGCUUGUAUAAUGGGGACCUAGAGACUGAGAGCUUCUUACAAAUGUUUCAACCGUACCUUGGCUGAACCCUAGUUUUCCACCAGAUGUGACUGGUCAGAUUUAUCCUUCCGCAUUGUACCAUACAAUGAAGAUCAUGCUAAGGUGCAACACGGAAGUUGUGGCAUCUGAAGCAAUUCUGGAAUCCGGUGGCAAGAUAUGGAGCCGGUCGGAUCAGGCACUACUGUAGAACCUUCUUAUACAUAGUGAAGUUGGUCAGACCCCUAAGAAACUUCACUAUAUAUCAGUAAUUCAUGGUUGGGAUUUCAAAACAUGAAGCCACACAUUUACUUCACUACAUGUAGGUUCACUAUAUAGAGGUUUUACUGUAUCUGUUUGUAGGGGAGGGUGUAUACAUGUGAGCGGUUCUUGUUUCGGUUCCACAACAACAUAUGUGUCUGGCAGUGACCACUGUCGCUUGUCCCAGCUCCCGUACAUGCAUAUCUGUGCCCUCCCCUACAAACAGAUAGGUCUGGCCAGCUUCAUAUCUCGUGCAUAGGUGCUCAAGUUUCUUCAGAGGCUACAGCUUGUGUGUUGCACAUAAGUAUGAUUUUUGUUGUACCUUUCAAAAGUCUGAGUGCAGAUGCUGUGAUGUGACAAUGAGAAUGUUCAUUAUCGUCACAUGGCAAAAAGUACAUUGGUUCACGCUUUAUUUGGUUUCAGUAGCUGUAAGUAUUGUAUCUCAAAUUUAUCUGUCAUGAAUGGUGAAUCAUAUCUUUGGUGGUUUUCAUCAAGCUAUGGUUGCACAGUGCACAUGCAUUUGAAGCUUUCUAGUUCAGUCUGUCUUCCAUAAUCAAACAUAAACGUAGGCCCAGGGGAAAUGUCAAUUGUUAGGCUGUGUUGAAACCAUGUUCAUUUUCAAGUUAGUCCAUCAUUGCUGGAGUACAGUACUGAAUGAAAGUGGAAAGUUUUGUGAUCUGUACUGCGGAAGAAACAUUUGACCAUUGAUAGAGGUCUUCAGAUGUUCAAGGAAGUUCACAUGUGAGUGUUAACAUCUUUACAUGAAUUAAAUUCUGAAUAAAAAUGAUUUUAAUGAUUUUA